GUUGGAGGAGAGGGGAGGGGAGAGAAAGAGCAAGAGAGAGAGAGAGACAGAAAGCAAGAGAGAAAGAGAGCACAAUUCACUCGGUGAAUCGCUUGCAAGCUUUGGGCUGAUAAUUAGGGAUCUCGGGAGAGCAGUUUCUCAGAAUCACCUGCUCUCCUUUAAACGGACCGAAUGAAGACGGUGGUUCAGUCCUGCUGAUAUUUUUUAAGCCCUCCUCGCAGUUUGAUGGGCAUUCCCAGUGCUUUUGUGCACGUCUCGGAAAGCGUUGACGUGGAAAGGAGCAGCGAGGAGGGGGAGGUUGGAGAAAAAAACCCGCAGCUCCUCUAAAAAUACGGAGGGCAUGCAAGAGUGCGAGCAGGCUGGGGAGGAGGGCGAGGUGAGCGCGCCUCGCACCAUGUUGCCCGGGUGCCGGCGCGGCGCAGUUUCGGAGAUGUCCCUCCUGUGACUGGACGCACCAUGAGCAUCUGGGAGGUGAUCCUGGCUUUCGUGGUGGUGGUGCUGAUGCUCGUGGCCCUGCUGGCCAACGUGCUGGUGCUGAUGUGCUUCUUGUACAGCGCCGACAUCCGCAAGCAGGUCCCGGGAUUGUUCAUCCUCAACCUCACCUUCUGCAACCUGUUGAUGACUGUUUCGAACAUGCCCCUGACCUUGGCUGGGAUCAUUUACAAGAGUCAACCAGGAGGAGAUCAGAUCUGCCACGUUGUGGGCUUCCUGGAGACUUUUCUCACCACGAACUCCAUGUUGAGCAUGGCAGCUUUGAGCAUUGACAGGUGGAUUGCUGUGGUCUUCCCUCUAAGUUAUCACUCCAAAAUGAGGUACAGAGAUGCUGCUCUCAUACUGAGCUACACGUGGUUACACUCGGUGUCGUUCCCGAUAGUGGCAGCUUCUCUCUCCUGGGUGGGUUUCCAUCACCUCUAUGCCUCCUGCACCCUGUACAACAAGAGACCAGAGGAUAGGACACAGUUUGUGAUUUUCACAGGGGUCUUUCACACCCUCAGCUUCCUCCUCUCCCUUAUAGUCCUGUGUUUCACAUAUCUAAAAGUGCUGAAGGUGGCACGGUUUCACUGUAAGCGGAUUGACGUGAUCACUAUGCAGACCCUGGUGCUGCUUGUGGACAUCCAUCCCAGUGUAAGAGAGCGUUGUCUAGAAGAACAAAAGAGACGGAGGCAGCGAGCAACAAAGAAAAUAAGUACCUUUAUUGGUACUUUUAUACUUUGUUUUGCACCUUAUGUAAUUACAAGACUUGUUGAAUUAUCCUCUGUGGUCCACAUCAAUUCCCACUGGGGAAUCAUUUCCAAGUGCUUAGCUUACAGCAAAGUUGUUUCAGACCCUUUUGUGUACUCUCUGCUACGGCAUCAGUACAAGAAGACAUGGAAAGACAUCAUAAACAAGAUCCUCAAAAGAAGCUCCAUCAAUUCCUCAGCCCUCACGAGCGAAUCGCACAAUCAGAAUAUAUUGCAGCUGAACGAAUGAGGAGCCUGGUAUGGGACCUACAAGACACAUAGAAAGAUAGAUGGGAAACAAAAGUAGCUGGCUUAUCCCUAGUAGCUAUCCUCAGCUGUCAAGGUUUCGGGAGGCAGUCACGGAGAGGUUGAAGCCCAGCCCGUGUCCCUCCGGUACCCAUGUAACACCUAAGGGAAGCAGGCUACUUUGCACCUCCUGCCUCCGACUAAAAGAGUGCUAUUGAUCGCGGUCCUGCAGGCUUCGCAAAUACAAAUCUCCCAUUGAUUUCCAUCAGCAGUGACACACACGUAUAGGGUAAAAAGCUAGUCCUCAGCAGAAGGACUCAUGAAGUAAUGGGAGCAAACUGGUGCCGUCGUAAGAUUAUUCUAAAAAGCUGCACAGGGUUGUUUGUGCUGUAUUUUUUCACUGGCUGCAGGUAACGCUCCCUCUGAUGGAGCUGCCAACCUGGCUUUACAAAAACUCUUAAUAGGAAAAACUUAAUAGAAAAAUCUUUACGUAGAUACUCAUACAGUGCCCAACAUAGCUUUCAACCUCUUCUGAUACAUAUUUUUUGAACAAUCCUGUAGAAUUGAAGGAAGAGAAAAAUCAGUUUUGAAGUAUGCUACAGGCUGGAUUCAGCCAUGCCUUCUCUAAGUUUUUUGAGUAACUUCCACAGAAUCCCAUUAGUUUUCUUCCCAUUAAAUUUCAGAAAAAUAAAAAUGGUAGACAGGAUGGAAAGGUCAGGAUGCCUACCUUCCAGUAUAUCUGAGCUGUAAAGAGACGGAUUUUGCCCAAAGCUGCAGAACUGGGCCCUGUGCCCAGGGGAAAAAAAAAAAAAAAAAAUCUUUUCCUGAGGUGUUAUUAAUCAUGUUUUUUUUUCCUACAGAUAUGUUGCUUAAAGGAAAUAUGAGCCUAAAGCUGAGUUUAAAAAUAUAAUUUCCAAAGCAAGUGGACCAAAAAUAAUAGACCCCUUCCCCACCAUGAAAGUGCAGCCAGUAAUCUGAAUCCACAUCCGAAUGUGCAAAUCUCAGGAGGUUUCAUUAUAGAUCUUUAUAGCUCUAGAUUGCACCUAUGCAUAGUAAUGUUAUUAACAUUUACCAUGCAUUCAGUUCAGCCUGCAGCUAACAUAGGUCUAAAUACCAGUAACAUUUUCAAAACCAGAACAAUCCUACUUGUCACAUUUCCUCAGACACCGCCACAGUAUCUUAAUUUUUGUAAACAUUAUUUGUAAGUACAUUAUAAGUACAACUACAGCUGGUAGAUGGCUUCACAACUGUCACAUAGACACAUGAUGCUGAAACCACCCUCCAGUGACUCAUGAAGAAUUACUUUCCUGGGUAAUUUUCAGCAAAUUGUCUCUCAAUUCAGUGAAAACACUAUGAAAUGAGACAGUUUUUCAAGUGUUUUCUUAUUAAUUAAGCUGCAGAAUAUCAAGAGCAAUAAUUAAUCGGUUGUCAUUUCUGCCGUUAAAAUUUUUAGGAAUAAUCAAUUUCUAAAACAACUUGCAUGAACAAAGUCUGUUGUCCUCAUAAUCUCUUUAAAAUUAAUUUCAGUUAAAGAACUAUUGGCUUCAAAAGCUUCACAUUUAUACUUUGAUUGGCAAAAGACUUACCACCAAUUCUGACCUUAAUUCUGCACACAUUUUUCUCCAGAAAGUGACUUAAAGUCCAUAAGACAACAGCAAGUUAACAUCAGAAAUUAAAUUAAUUUUUGCUGGGUAGGUCAAGAAAGCUUCUGUCCAGUGGCCAUAAAGUACGCAGUUUCCUUUGUGAGGGUAAAUAGAAAAUACAUACCCAGGUUUUGAAUAGUCUUGGUUAAUUAGACUUCAAGUAUGCGAUAGCAGCUUAAAUAACAGCUGACACAGCUGGCUACGUUACAGCCUAUCUUUGCUCAUAUUCUGACUGUCAACACCAUAUUGAGAAAAUAAGGCCCUGAGUACUAAAAAUGCGGGAUUAUUUUUUAGUUACCACCUCUUGUGUUCCCCCCAAGCAAAGGCCACUGUUUGGUGCCUAUAGCUCUGCAGAACCCCCAACAGCAAAGGUUAAUGAGCUAAAUUAGUAUAUUCCCUACCCCUUUUGCUAAACGGUCAAUGUCAGUUAUUUUGCAAAUAUUAGCAUGCUCCAUUUUGCAAGCUCUACCAUGAAUAUAAGUCAUUGAUAGAACAGACAUUAUGGCAACUACAAUUUCCUUCAUACCUUGCAAAAGGUGUCCACUGCUGAAGUUUUUGGCCAGUGAUUCAGAGCCCAAAGUGGUAAAUCAGUGGGGGGCUUCACCCCAAAGUCAGUGAAUGUGGGGUGAUACCUCAGUUGUCGGUCUGGAGAGCCUUGCCUUAGCCCUCGCUCUGGCAUGGUACUACAGCUGCAAGGAACCAUGUUAAUCUAUAAAUUUAUAUUGUCACCUGCUUUAUAAAUGCAAGCAUUAAUAUAAUGAAGAUCAUCAACUACCACGUAAAUAAAAAUUUUCAGCUUAACUAUUAAUCUUAGUUACAAAAAAAUAACAUAAUUCCAAUAAAAUAUACACACAAAGAUAGUCACAGAGUUUAAGUAAGUUUUUACAACACUGAGUUCAAAAUUAGCCCUUAGCCAGAUUAAAUAGUCUACCUCAUCUUAAUCAUUUUACUUCUUGAGCUUAACAUAAUUUUCUCAGGUGCAAUAGAUAAAAACACCCAGUUCAAUACCUGUUUCUUAAGAAAUUCAAGUCAUUUUGAUGACUUGAUUGUAUCAGAAUACAUGAUAUUAGAAAGUCCAUUAUUAGUGAGUUUGAAAAGAUAAAAAGCUCUGUAUCAGAUUGUUAUAUGUUUUACUAAGACCACUUUUACUUAAAUAAAUUGCAACAGGAUGAUUGCUAAAGUCCACAGCUGUUGUCAACUUAUGUGGGGCUGCUGCCGAAGUCAAUGGGAGGUUUGUAUGUCGAAAAACCUAGCCCCAGAAGGAUUUCAAAUUUUAAAUCAAUUAUUCAAAUAGAGUAAGAAAAUUUUCCAGAAAAAAACAUUCUAUAUUUAGGAUGGCUAGUAAAAGAUGGAGAAGAAUACAGCAUUGGACUUGUCUCAUUAUUAUUGUGUAUCACAGUCAGUCACUGGUUGAUUUAUGUGUCACCAUGAGCAAUAAAUCUCUCCCCUUGUAUGUGUUUAAAAAUUUGUCUUUCUUUCAUGGUGCCUUUCUUCUAGAAUUAAUCUUAAAACAGAGAAUAAAUAUAAUUUCCCCUUACUUACAUCAGCUCUCUGACACAUUGUCAUAUUUCUACCAUCUGAAGCA